AAAAAGAGAAGUGAACAAAACUAGACUUGGAGAAAUGGCGACGGCAUCGGAAAAUUCAAGAGGAAUCGGCGGAGGUGAUCGAACGGCGAAAGCAAUCGUCGCCGAUCAGAUCACACAAGCCGUUAAUUCUACUGCCAACCUUCUCCAUCUGAUGCGUCAGUCUUCUUCUUCUCAGGCACAGUUGGCAAAGCUACCGAAGAAUCUGUUGGCGAAAACUUCACUGACUAAGGCAACUGGACAAGCGUUGGCGCAGCUUCCUCAAGUGAUUGCAUCUCUGGACGCUCAUAUAGAAAGCGGAUUGCACAGCGGUGUUCAUCUGAACACAGUAACCCAGUUACUUGAAAACAUGGAAAGCACACAGCUUCGCGCUCUUCGACAAUCUAAUAUUUCCCCAGCGGACAAUCAAUCUCCAGCCCAUUUGAAAAUUCCAGACAAAUGACAAGUAGUGAUCUCCAAGAUAGGCACAUACGGCUUCUCCUACUUCGUUGUUCUUAAUCUUCUUCAAAGGAACACACUUCCCUAAUCUCCAACAAAGUUUCGUUUCCACAACAGAGAGAGAUUUUAUGGUGGCAACUUAGUUUUAAAUUUAAGCUAGAUUGCGACUUUCGAUAUCAGAUUUAGUAGGCUUUGAUUCUUCAUGGCUUAAGACUGAAAUCUCCAAUGUUCUUGGUUAUAUACAUAACACUAUAAGAGGGCUGUGUUAACCAACUUUGUAAAUUAGAAAAGUUUAA